UCGCUGGGGGUCACAAUACUUUCAUAAGGGGAGUAUUGAAGCGACUUAAGAAAACCUUCUCUUUUGGCUUUGGAAUUUCAGGGACAUGGACAUUUUCACUGGGAAGUUUUUGCUGGAGGGUACUCCAGUGUCAGCCUCCAGUGUGACAAUGGUGCUGUGUGCUGUUGCUCUUGUCGUUCUUGCCUUGAGAGGCAGGGAGCGCCACGGCCAGCAGUGGAAGCAGCCGCCCGGGCCAACCCCAUGGCCAGUCUUCGGUAACUUACUACAGAUGGGAGAGCAGGUGCACAUUUCCCUGACCAACAUGAGGGACCAGUACGGUGACGUGUUCCAGGUGAAAAUGGGCUCGCUGGUCGUAGUGGUGCUCAGCGGCUACAAUACUAUCAAGCAGGCCCUGGUCCGUCAGGGAGACAGUUUUGCUGGGAGACCAGAGUUGUUCACGUUCUCCGCCGUUGCCAACGGGACCAGCAUGACGUUCAGUGAGAAAUACGGUGAGGCUUGGGUGCUCCACAAGAAGAUAUGCAAGAACGCCCUACGCACCUUCUCCCAGGCCGAGGCCAAGAACUCCACCUGCUCCUGUCUACUGGAGGAACACAUCUGUGCCGAAGCCCAACAGAUGGUUGACACACUCAAGGAGCAGCUUGGGCAGGAGAGCGGCGUCGAUCCCGUCGUCCCUUUAGUCACCUCCGUCGCCAACGUGGUGUGCGCGUUGUGCUUCGGCAAAAGGUACGACUACAACGACAAGGACUUCUUAAGCAUAGUCAACAUAAACAACGAGGUCCUCAAGAUCUUCGCCGCCGGAAACCUGGCCGACUUUUUCCCGAUUUUCCGUUACCUGCCGAGUCCGUCUUUAAGGAAAAUGGUCCAGUACAUCCACAGAAUGAACAGUUUCAUGGAAAAGAAUAUCGAAGAGCAUUUGGCUACCUUUGAUAAGAACUGUGUCCGAGACAUCACAGACGCCCUGAUUGCCCUCUGCGAGGACAGGCAGGAGGAGGGACAGAUGGGCAUGCUCUCCAACACUCAGAUUGUUCACAGUGUCAUCGAUAUUUUUGGUGCCGGAUUUGACACCAUCAUAGCUGGCUUGCAGUGGAGUCUGCUCUACCUUAUCAAGUUCCCUGAUAUGCAGGCUAAAAUUAAUCAGGAGAUAGAUGAGAAGAUUGGCUCCAGCAGGCUGCCGAGGUUUGAAGACAAGCCAAACAUGCCCUUCACAGAGGCUUUUAUAUAUGAAGUGUUCCGACACACAUCCUACGUCCCCUUCACAAUACCUCACUGCACCACAGAGGACACUGUCCUGAAUGGAUAUUUCAUUCCCAAAGACACCUGCAUUUUCAUCAAUCAGUAUCAAGUGAACCAUGACACAGACCUGUGGGGCGACCCCAGUUCCUUCCGGCCCGAGCGUUUUUUAGGUGACGCUGGCCAGCUGAACAAGGACCUUACGGAGAAGGUGAUGAUAUUCGGGAUGGGGAAGAGGCGUUGCCUCGGCGAUGGCUUUGCCCGGCUGGAGAUGUUCGUCUUCCUCACCACCCUCCUGCACUGCCUGCGGUUCGAGAAUGUGCGGGGCCAGGAUCUCGACCUGACUGCUGAGUUUGGCCUGACGAUGAAACCCCAGCCGUACAAGAUCAGUGUCUCGUCACGGCAUUAGCCAGCAGUAUCAGGGAAGGUGGCCCUUACCACCAUCCACCACAAGAAGGCAAACAGCAAAAUAUAAUCAAGCUGGCACAGACACAAGUGCGCCAUAAGAACCAUACACCAGUCUCAUAAGCUGGACAUUAUAGAUUGCAUACAGAUACACCUAAUAAUUAAGCUUUUAAGCAUACUAAAGACACUGAUUUGGAAUAAAAUUGAAUAAACCUUAGCAUGUUGUAAUAUUAUGUAUGUUAAAAUAUCUUUUGACAUACUUAAUAUUUCUUUCUUUGUACACCCCACUAUUCAGUAGCAGCACCUUUGCAGAUCUUUAGUUCAGUGGGCUUAUCAGGCAGUGUCCAUGGCUUUUGGUAUUUUCAUGAUAAGCAAGCAAGGAGUCAAUAACUAAUUCAUACUGAAAAUUAAGAUGCUGUUAAGAGUAUUUGCAUAGCUAAGAGUUUUUAGCAAGAAGGAGGGGGUAUUUUAAGUGCAGGAUAGCAUAUAUAUGCCAGUGUUAAAAUGGUGGGUCUCAUUUUCAAGAAAACUCACUACUUCAGAAACUUCCUGCUUAACCAAACUUCAAUAAGACGAUUUCAGCAAAAACAGCCUGUAAAACAUCACAUCUGAAAGUUGCUAAUUUCUUUUAAACAUUCAGAGCUUUUUUGCAUAGAUAAGUCGUUAAACUAGGGAACAUCUCGUAUCCUCUGUGGGUUCAGGGAGACAGAGCCCACACAUCCCAGAUUUUCUCUGCGCCCUUAUCUGUGGGAUUUUGGAGCUGCCUCCAGCGUGUCUAAAGCUAUUAACUGGCCCCAUCUCUGCAUUGGUUCCGCAGCUCUCUCAUCCUGACAGAUACUGUACAUCUCAAUUUACUCCUCCCUGCAGGCACUGCAAUUAGAGUUAGUCUUUGUAUUUAAAAGGCCUUUUACAACCCUUACAAAACAGACCUCAGCAGAACAGAGGGGGACUUCAGUAAGUAAAUAAUUGAAAAAGAGUGAUGCGGUGACGGGUUUUUUUUAAUAAAGAGAAGUCGGGAUUAAACCGAAACUAAACACUGUGAAGGAAUUUCAUUAAAUUAGAUGAAUAUCUAAAUGAGUUAAUCAAGUGAGGAGCUGGGAACGUGCCUCACUCCUCGCGGCUGGUGUUGGCAUGGCCGGGCCCCGAUGGAGCCAGCGGAGCGAGGCAGGGGGGUGGAGAGAAUCGGGGGUGCCCAGGGUCUGGGGCCCAACACUAAAAUCGUUGCCAAUCAGAGGGGCCUAGGAAGGUCAAAGUCUCACGUCAUGCCAAUGUGAGAUGUGUGGUUUGGGGACUGAGCGGGGUCUCACACUAACUCCUCACAGCAGUCCAUUGCAAUUUCCCAUCAGGCAUUUGGCUGUUUGUUUCCCCAGCUGGUAAAUCCUAGCAUGUAAAUGUAUGUUGAGUGGCUUACAACGUUCAGAUAAGGAUAAAUUGAAAAGGACAGACUCAACAAUGUGCCAGAAAAGUUAUAUGCUGUUUCAUAGAAAAUGCUGACACAGAAUAUGGACCCAGAUGCUUGACUUAAUUGUGAUAAUUUUUC